AGUAUUUUCCUGUUCCGUCCUGCGGGGACGUCCCGAUAUCCAAAACAAGCGCGCUUGUAGUCUGGUACGUACAGCGCCUGCGUAGAUGUUUUUGAAGGCCCGUGACUAGCCAGCGUGCUAAUCCAACAUUCGGGACGUAACAAAAGAUUUUCAUAAUUAAUAACCUUCAGAAAGCUGUUUCUAUCCCUCUGUACGCCACCUAAUUCUGGGUUGGUCCAGCUCACACCCAGAAUGUCCUUCCCCCCUCAUUUAAACCGGCCGCUGUUGCCCCCUCCUGGGAUGCCCCCUCAGUUUGCUGGCUUCGCCACAGGAGCUCCAAUGAUCCCAGUUCACUUGGGCAUCAUGACCCCUUCUACAGUAAUGAUGCCUUCUGUGCAAGUGAUCAGUAAACCUCCAAUCCAUAAAAAGGAAAUACUUCGACUCAAAGACAACAAUGAGAACAGCGGCCCCACUACUACAGUGUUUGUGGGGAACAUAUCAGAGAAAGCUUCAGACAUGCUGAUCAGACAGCUGCUCGCGAAAUGUGGAAUUGUUCUAAGCUGGAAGAGAGUCCAAGGAGCCUCUGGCAAGCUUCAAGCUUUUGGGUUUUGUGAGUACAAGGAGCCAGAGUCCACAUUGCGAUCACUGCGGCUGCUUCAUGACCUGCAGAUUGGAGACAAAAGUCUGUUGGUGAAGGUGGAUGCCAAGACUAAAGCUCAGCUGGACGAGUGGAAGGCCAAGAAAAAGACUGUAAAUGGGAAUAUGAUCCCUGAAGAUGCAGCAGAGGAUGAGGAAGAUGUUCUAGAUGAGGAGACAAAGAAGAAGGAUCAGAUUAUCAAAGGUGCUAUCGAUGGAUUGAUGCGGGAAUAUGCUGCCGAACUCAACGCGCCUUCACAGGAUGAGGACUCCCAGCGGCGAAAGAGAAAAAAGGAGAAAAAAGAAGAGGACGACCUUAACACUAUUGAUAUGGAGGACGACAAGAGGGACCUGAUUUCCAGAGAAAUUAGUAAAUUUCGAGACACUCACAAGAAACUAGAAGAAGAGAAGGACAAGAGGGAGAAGGAGCGGCUGGAGUUUGAGCGGGACCGGAGGGAUCGUGAAAAAGAGCGAGAGCGGGAAAGAGAGCGACGGGAGCGCGAGAGGGAGAAGGAACGAGAGAGGGAAAGGGAGAGGGAAAAGGAGCGAGAGCGGGAGAGAGACCGAGACAAAGACCGCGACCGUAGGCCCAGAGAAAGAGAACGAGAGCGAGAGCGCGAGAGAGAAUGGGAGCCGGAGAGAAACCGCGACAGGAGCCCCGAACGCAGCCGAUCCAGGGAGGUCAGUCGAGACCGAGACAGAGACAAGAAACGAGACCAAGAAGAUGAAGAGGAGGCGUAUGAACGCAGGAAGCUGGAGAGGAAACUCCGAGAUAAGGAAGCAGCCUAUCAGGAGCGACUAAAAAACUGGGAGCUCAGGGAGAGGAAGAAGGCGCGGGAUUACGCCAAGGAGGCCGAGAGGGAAGAUGAGCGCAGACGAGAAAUGGUGAAAGAGGGCAAACGGUUGAAAGAGUUUCUUGAAGACUAUGAUGAUGACAGAGACGACCCCAAGUACUACAGGGGCAGUGCGCUGCAGAAGCGUCUCAGAGACCGAGAGAAGGAGAUGGAGGCGGACGAGCGUGACAGGAAGAGAGAGAAGGAGGAGCUGGAGGAGAUCAGACAGAGGCUGUUAGACGAGGGACAUCCAGACCCAGACGCAGAGCUACGCAGGAUGGAGGAGGAAGAGGAGGAGCGUCUGAGACGACCUCCCAUCAUCCCAGAGCCCGAGCCCGAAGAGGAACGUGAACGCCACAAGAGUUCACGAGACCAGCGGGACCGCCGACAUGAACAGGAAAGACCAGAACCCUGCGCACGGCCCGCCCCCUCAGACGACGAGGGCGAGGUGGGGGAGGAAGAUGAUUAUGAAAAUGACGAAGAUAACCCUGAUGCAAAACCGUGCUUGAAGCCCACGAUGCGGCCGAUCACAGCAGCGCCCUCAGUGUCGUCGGCCAGUGGCAACGCGUCCCCCAACACACCCGGGGACGAGUCGCCCUGCGGCAUCAUCAUCCCCCACGAGAACUCGCCCCCGGAGGCUCUCCCGCAGGAGGAGCACCGGCCAAAGAUCGGCCUCAGUCUCAAACUGGGUGCCUCAGGAAGCCCCAGUCAACCCAAUGCAGGUAAGCGAAAGAAGCUGCCCGUGGACAGCGUCUUCGACAAGUUUGAUGAUGAAGAGACUGACGAACAACCUCGCAAGAGGAAGCUGGUGCCCCUGGAUUACGACGAUGACAAGAGCCUCGGGGUGGACGGGGCCGGGCUCUCCAGCAUAAAGGGGCCCAACACCGAGGAGAAACGUAAACACAUCAAGACCCUGAUAGAAAAGAUUCCCACAGCAAAGCCUGAGCUGUUCUCCUACCCGCUGGACUGGUCCAUGGUCGACACGACGUUAAUGGAACGACGUGUUCGGCCCUGGAUCAAUAAGAAGAUUAUCGAGUAUAUUGGAGAGGAAGAGGCGACGUUAGUGGACUUUGUCUGCACCAAGGUGAUGGCUCACAGUAUGCCACAGAGUAUCUUGGAUGAUGUUGCUAUGGUUCUUGAUGAAGAAGCGGAAGUCUUUAUCGUGAAGAUGUGGAGGUUACUCAUUUAUGAAACCGAAGCGAAGAAGAUCGGACUGGCGAAAUGAGCAAAACCACUGAAUGAAGAUCAACCGUUUUUUUGUUUUGUUUUUUUAAUUCAUACAUUGUGUACAAUAGUGUAGCGCAAUUGUCACCCCAAACAAAGCGACGUGUCCAUACAGUACAGACUGUAACUGCAGAUUCUGCUCGUUCUCACAUUUGCACCAGUUGUUCAGGUCAUUCUGGGUUCCCCCCCCCCCCCCCCCUCUCUCUGUUUGCAGGUGCUGACCGUGUCGGUGUGCUUUUGUGUAAAUACAGUACGUCAUUAUUUGAUUAUGGUGAAAUAAUUCUGAGGAAACUGCUGACAGGUCGGACCAUUGUUGCGUUGCCAGAUAAUGUCUAUUGGUCCUAUAAUUUUAUUUGUAUACAUGCCAACACACUCGUCUGCAGGAUCGUUAUGAGCAGUCAAAUUUCUUUUAGGGUGUAAAAUCUGGUUUGCAGUUAAAUGCAAUGUUGGUUAAAGUUGGUUAAAUUGGGCUUUAGAGUAUAAAUAACUACAAUAAGGAUGUGAUAUUUUUACAGAGUUAUUUAUCAAUUUAUUUCUAUUAAGAUUUAUUUUUCCUGAUCACAUUCCUGAUAAAUGUGUUGGCAUGUUCUCCGACCAUCUCAAAAAGCACCGAGUCAUUUGAACCCACAGAAUAUAUCUGGGAUGGGGACAUCCCUGCAGCUGUAAAAGCACACACGUCAUAACCACUACAGGAAAGUGAGCGAAGAACGGGGAAAAAAAUGAUUUCAAGUUGUGAAGAUGCUCUCCAUUUGUUUUUGUAUUGGUGAACAUUUGAAUAAAAUUGAUUUUUUUAUAACA